AGCCCACAACAGCAGCUCGUGUGUCUUCCCAGAGCCUGCAGCGGCUUGCACGUGCUCCUGGAGCCUGUGACGGCAGUGGCAGCUGGCGCCCACUCCCAACACUCUCAGCGGCGGCGGUGGCUCACGCCCGCCCCAGAAGCUCAUUUAUCCGUGUCAAGCAGUAGUCGUGUUGUGACACAUGACAUCCCUGUAAAGGUUAUUCCUAGAAAACUGUGGAAGGACUUACAAGAACCGACGGUCCCAGACGCUGACGUUAGUAUUUAUUUACCAGUCUUGAAGACUAUGAAGAGCAUUGUGGAGAAGAUGAAAAACAUCAGCAAUCACCUUAUUAUUGAAGCAAACCUAAAUGGAGAAUUGAACUUGAAAAUAGAAACUGAACUAGUGUGUGUUACAACUCAUUUUAAAGAUCUUGAAAAUCCUCCAUUAGGUAAGUUUCCUGCUGGGUUAUGUUUUGCUUUUGUUGUUUCAGAUGACAUACCAUACCGAGGUCUCUAG